AAUUUCGUAUUGGAUGUGCCCAUUUAAUUUAAAAUGAUAAAUCAUUGGGCAGAACGUGAUAGAGUUAUGUCAUUUUGCAGAAAUUUCUCUUUUCUUAGCUCAUUUUUAAUUUUGGCUUAUAGUGUAUUUAUAUUGAUGUCGCCUUCUCUGGUUGAUUCAACAGCUCGAUUUACCCACAUUCCUCCAAACAAACUGUACGUAGUAAAAGGAGGAACUGCCAKGUUUGAGUGGGACUACCACGUGGACAACAAGAUGAAAGAGUUUGAUUCUCAAUCACCGAGAUGGAUAAUGUACGAUACGGGCAGAAAGUACAAAUUAAUUGGCUAUGAUGACGUAUAUGAAGGGUGGUCAUUUAGAAUUGAUAAACARAACUGUCCCACUCGUUUACAAAGUCCUAAAGUACGAGUAAGCAAAGAAUCUCAUGCCACUUUGCUCAUUACUAAUGUGACCAUGGCUGAUAGUGGGAUAUACGGUUGUGUACUAUUUUUACUAAGCGGGGACACAAUGGAAUCAAUGCCAACUAGUAAAGUUCAGCUCAUUGUAACAGGUAUGACUAGCGGAAUUUGUUUCCGCAAAUGCAAGUGACUAAAACCAGUUCAUGUUAAAUUUCAACAAUUGAGUAUUCAUCAGCAACAAACAAAUAUAGUGUUGCUAUCAAACG